AUGUCCGGCUGUGACCCAGCUGUAGCGGAGCCUGGUCCGGAGCCUGGUCCGGGUCCAGCCCGUCCCCUCUUGGCAUCCAAGGCCCUGUCUGAGUCCUAUGUCCGUCUCCGGUACCGUGACACGUCCCUAUUGAUCUGGCAGCAGAACCAGGACCAGCUGGAGGCGGCGCCGCCCUCCACCUACCUGAGCCGCAGCCACUCCGCCUGGUACAGCAGCUACGGGAACCAGGAGGUCCUGGUCCGGGACAGGAGGACCUGGGGGGGCACCCAGGACCGAUCCCGGAUCUGCACCGUCAUGUGACCAGGACCCUCCCCACUAAACUAAGAACUAAACCAGAUUCACCUGGACUAGAGGUCUGAGGAUCCUGGUCCAGAGGCUUUGUGGGAAAUGUAGUGUUUGUGUGUAAAUAAAAUCUGUUGAGCUGUUUGAUCAGUU